AGAGGGAGGCGAAGGCAGCCGAAAAGUGCCGAGUGGUUUCGGCAGGUCUCAGUUGGAGCGCCGCCUGGCCGCGGAGUUGAUUGCUUUCGGGAACUGCGCCUGAUCGAGCAGAGAGUUUGCAAGGCUGGGGGCUCCGGAGGCGUAGCCGGCGACAUGGGAGCCUGCCUGGGGGUCUGCUCUUUGCUGAACUGCGUAUCAUGUCUCUGUGGUUCAGCUUCUUGUCUGUUGUGUGGCUGUUGUCCCUCAACCAAGAAUUCAACUGUAACACGCCUCAGCUUCACCUUGUUCCUCUUCCUGGGGACAUUGGUGUCCAUCAUAAUGAUAAUUCCAGGAGUGGAAGAAAAGCUGCACAAGCUUCCUGGUUUCUGCGAAGGAAGCAGUUCGUCUGUGGGUCUCAAGGUUGACUGCAAGGCUUUCCUGGGUCUCAAAUCGGUGUACCGCAUGUGUUUUGCCACAGCUUCGUUCUUCUUCCUCUUCGCCCUGCUAAUGCUCUGUGUCAGGAGCAGCAAGGAUCCCCGAGCUUCAAUACAGAACGGGUUUUGGUUCUUCAAGCUCCUGAUCCUGACUGGAAUAACUGUGGGUGCCUUCUAUAUUCCUGAUGGAACAUUCACAUCUGUCUGGUUCUGCUUUGGCGUGGUUGGUUCCUUCCUCUUUGUCCUCAUCCAGCUCAUCCUCUUGAUUGAUUUUGCUCACUCCUGGAGUCAAAUUUGGCUACGCAAUGCGGAUGAAGGCAGCAGCAAAUCCUGGUAUGCAGCUCUGUUUUUCUUCACCUUUCUGUUCUACGCUGUCUCCAUUGCUGCCAUUGUGCUACUCUACAUGUAUUACACCAAACCAGAUGGCUGUACUGAAAGCAAGAUCUUGAUCAGCCUCAAUCUCAUCUUCUGCAUUGUGGUGUCUGUGGUCUCUGUACUGCCCAAGGUCCAGGAUGCUCAGCCUCACUCUGGCCUUCUCCAAGCCUCCAUCAUUACCCUCUACACCAUGUAUGUCACCUGGUCAGCUUUGGCCAACGUACCAGUCAAACACUGCAAUCCAACUCUCUUGAUAAGAACAGCAGGAAACAGCACAACAGCUCAGCCCGAGAAUGGCCAACCAACUCAAUGGUGGGAUGCCCCAAGCAUUGUGGGCUUAAUCAUAUUUGUCUUCUGCACUUUCUUCAUAAGCAUCCGCUCCUCAGACCAUACACAAGUGAACAAGAUGAUGCUCACAGAAGAAAGUCCAGCUAUGCUAGGGAGUGGAAACACUAACCCCGAAGAUGGAGUGCAUCGGGCCUAUGACAACGAAGAGGAUGGAGUAUCUUACAACUACACCUUUUUCCAUAUCUGCCUCUUCUUGGGCUCCCUCUACAUCAUGAUGACACUUACCAACUGGUAUAGGCCUGAUCAAAGCCGCCAAGAACUGAUCAGCCCAUGGACUGCUGUCUGGGUGAAGAUUUCAUCCAGCUGGGUUGGGCUUCUCCUGUAUCUUUGGACUUUGAUUGCCCCACUUGCACUUCCAGACCGUGACUUCAGCUGAAACCUUUCAAGAGUGCCAACUGCCCAAGGGAAAAAGUUACACAGUGCCAUGAAAAUAAGCAAGCAAAAUCAUUACUUCUGGUCUGAAUGUUAGCUGUGAGCCCUCCUGCCUAUGAAGGCAGAAAUGAUCAACCCUCCUCUUUCCUCGGUCUUACAUUCAGACAAAUCUACAACUUUUUUGUGCCUUUAUUUCUUAAAAAUUUCUUUAGAAACCCAGUUAUGCUGGUUUAAUCCACUUAUGUGUGCAAAUCUUGACACACAUUUGUGGUGAAGGAUGUGUGCACAACUUCCCCCUCCUUACGCUAACAGCCUUCCAAGUAUGUUGUAAAAUAUCUGAGUAAUUUACAUGGUGCUGUUCAUCUUUUUUAAAAAAGAUAUUUGGCAUAGGAAUAACUAUGUGUUUCUUUUUAAUUUGUGGUUUAAAGGAAUUUUUCACCACUUUGCCUUGUUACAUGGAGCCUUUUAAAUAGACUCUCGGUUCUUUUUGAUAUGGAACUUGAUGGUAAUCAAAUAAAAAUCCUUGUAUUAAGUAGAUGAAUGUUGAGCAUAGAAACAAUCAUAACAGUGCCUGGGUUAGCUUGAUUUAGGGAAGUCUUCUGAAAGCCUUGAUUUUAAUAUAGCAUUCUUACCAACCCAGUCAAUUAUGGUUUACUUAGUAAACCAUGAUUAGAUCAUGGUGUAGCACAUUCUAGGAAAAGUGUCUCAUUCUGGCAUUUAGAGACGCGAAAGAAAUUAUUGUGGCUAGUGGGAAGGCGUUCUAUAAAUUAUAGGAUUGACUGAAUGCACUAGAAAAGUCACAUCAAUAACCUGAAAAAUCACAUCAAAAUCUAGAAUAGUUUAGGUUAUGUCUCUCUUUGCCAGACCCCAGCUGUGAUUGAUCAGAACGACAAAGAAAUGUUGUCAUUUUCCGGCUAACAAAUUUUAUUCAAAAUUUUCUGACCAACAAAUUUUAUUCAUAGUUUUCCAACUAACAAAUUUUAUUACAAGGCAUAAGCUUUUGUGAACUGCAGCUUAUUAUCUUUGAAUAAAAUGUGUACAUUGGAAAAGAU